AUGGCAAAGAAAGAUGCCCUAAUGCUGGGUGGAGCAGCACUCCGCGGCGGACAGGAUUUGGCCGUGAUGGGACUGAGUUUUGUCUGCAGAGACGAGUAUCUUCGACUUCCCAAGUUCUCAUUCGCCGCCGCCCGCCGCCACGUACAUGGCUGCACUCAAGGUGAAGGGAGAAGGGGGGGGGGGGGUGAUAUCAUGUUUCUGUGGCAGUUAUCACUAUGCGCGCCACAGUGA